AUGUCUUCCAGCAUGUCAACGCGCAACAGUAUCCCGGUUGCAUCCUAUUUACCCACGGGAUGUCAUGACACACCACUUCCCAUGGGGAAGUAUUACCCGUCAAACUACGAAAACCAACAGAAGGCCCACGUGAGCAGGACCAGGUCUGCCACGGUUUCGUCCUCCUCUUCCAAGCCCAGAGACCAAAUCGAACCCUUCAUCAACAGUCCACCAACAUCGAACUCGGCCCACGACCCUGAUGUUCGUCGCAAACUUCAGCUCCAACAGUAUCAGCGCGAUAUGAUUGCUCAGGCUUCUUUGGCUGCGAAUGAGCUUCUAUCCUCGAGCGGGCACGGCAGAUCCGGGCCUCCGAAACUGGGAAGUCUACCAGGAAAAGCCCUCAGCUUUGGCCCUCCAUUUCACAACCCCUCCGCCCCGAAGUUGCACCCGUUAGGCAGUCCCGGCCCAGUUACGCCCAUGGAUCUCGAAUCUGCACGAGGCGGUAAUGGCUAUUUCGAGAUGAGCCAAGGGGAUAACCGUACGCAGAAAUAA